GGAGCCGACAUGGCUGCCAGCGAGGAGUUGCUCGCCUUGAGGGCUGAAGUCGCCCAGCGUGAGGAGGAGCUGAGUUUCCUGAAGCAGAAACUGGCAGCGGCUCUUUUGGCGGAGCAGGAACCAGAGCCAGAACGGCUUGUUCCGGUGUCGCCGCUGCCGCCGAAGGCCUCCCUGUCCCGAGACGAGAUUCUGCGCUACAGCCGGCAGCUAGUGCUGCCUGAGCUGGGCGUGCACGGGCAGCUGCGUUUGGCGGCCGCGUCCGUGUUAAUCGUAGGAUGCGGUGGGCUCGGUUGCCCACUGGCGCAGUACCUGGCAGCAGCCGGCGUCGGCCGCCUUGGCUUGGUGGACUACGACGUGGUAGAGAUGAGCAACCUGGCCCGCCAAGUGCUGCAUGGCGAGGCACUGGCCGGCCAAGCCAAGGCCUUUUCGGCCGCCGCCUCGUUGCGCCGUCUGAACUCGGCGGUGGAGUGCGUGCCCUAUGCGCAGCCCCUAACGUCAGACACCGCGCUAGACCUUGUCCGCCGUUAUGACGUGGUGGCCGACUGCUCGGACAACGUGCCCACUCGCUACCUGGUUAACGAUGCGUGUGUGUUGGCCGGUCGACCUCUCGUGUCAGCCAGCGCUCUGCGCUUGGAGGGCCAAAUCACGGUCUAUCACUAUAACGGCGGCCCUUGCUAUCGCUGCAUCUUCCCCCAACCGCCCCCAGCGGAGACGGUAACCAACUGCGCGGAUGGCGGGGUGCUCGGCGUCGUAACUGGGGUGCUGGGCUGCCUGCAGGCACUAGAAGUGUUGAAGAUCGCUGCCGGUCUGGGCCCCUCUUACAGUGGGAGCCUGUUGCUCUUCGAUGCCCUCAGAGGGCAAUUCCGCUGUAUUCAGCUGCGGAAGCGCAGGCCCGACUGUGCAGCUUGCGGGGAGCGGCCCACUGUGACUGACCUGCAAGACUAUGAAGCCUUCUGUGGCUCCUCAGCCACAGAUAAGUGCUCUUCCCUGCAGUUGCUGAGCCCAGAGGAGCGCGUUUCUGUCACCGACUAUAAGCGACUUCUGGAUUCUGGGGCACCCCACCUGCUGCUGGAUGUCAGGCCUCAGGUGGAGGUGGACAUUUGUCGUUUGCCUCAUGCCCUACACAUCCCUUUGAAACAUUUGCAACGGAGGAAUGCAGAGAGCCUGAAAGUCUUAGGAGAAGCAAUCCGGGAGGGGAAGCAGUGCACACAAGAAGGGGAAGCACUCUCCAUUUAUGUGAUUUGCAAAUUGGGAAAUGACUCCCAGAAAGCCGUGAAGAUCCUGCAGUCCUUAACAAAAGCCCAAGAGUUAGACUCUUUAGCAGUUCAGGACGUUGUGGGGGGCCUCAUGGCCUGGGCUGCCAGAAUUGAUGGCACAUUUCCUCAGUACUGAGGGGACUGUUGUGUCUGACCUGAGAAAGUUGAGAUUGUUAUAUUACCUCAAAGAUAAGUUCAUUAGCAUUUUUCCAUUAAUGUAGGAAAGAGUCUGGGAUUUUACAAUAUCUGUUAAUAUGUGUACUCCUUUUAAUAAUGGGCUUUCUGAUUGUAAUUAUUAAUGGGUUAUGAUACUGUUUUUGAGAACCCUGUUGUUUUCUCAUCACUUGGAGCAUGUCUUGAAACUGGCUUGUAAUGUAAGGGACAGGAUUUUGUGUUUUCAACUGUAGAGCAUUUACUUGACCUGCUUCUCCCCCUACCUCCCACACUCAAAAAUUCUCUGGAGUUUUUUUAUGAGGAAUAAUGAACUUAAUAUUAUCAAAUCCAUCACAGGUAAUAUACCUAGGGGCAAUUUUUUUUUUAAUAUGACAUUCUUUGGGUCUGAUUUUUUCUUCAGUGAAUAGACUAUAUCCUAUGGAAGUAAGUGUUUUGCUAUAUAAGUUUUAAUUAUCUGGGAAGUGGUCACUAUGUUAAAAAUUUUAAUCCUAUAAAAUCUUUACAGUUUAACAUGAUAAAGACAACUGCCUCUGUAAUCUGUCAAUUUCCAUUAUAAAUUGCAAGUAUUGUCAAGGUAAUAGUAAAGAUACAUCAAUUGAAGUAAUACCUUUGCCUUUAAGUUUCAGGAAAAAUCUGGAGUCAGUUUGGAAAAUUGGGAAAGCCAUUAUUGUGCAGGAGUGGGCAAGUAUUCUGCAAAUAAAAUGGUUUUUGACCUAACUCAAA